GUCCGUGAAGCGACAAGCCCACACACCAGACACUUCAAUUCCCGUCACAAUGCCUCACAAACCGCCAACAGAAGAGGAGCUCGAGCGGCGAAAGAUCGUCGGCAUCCACGAGGAGACCGUCACCAAUGUAUCGUCGACGGACUACCCUGGGCACUACCCCGGCGAGGACCACAGCUGGGACAUUGAGGCCUUCCGGCGAGGGUUUCGCGUCGAGUUUCACAAGAACGACCCCUUUGAAGCUUCCUUCUCUCUCAUCGGCAUCGAUGCCUCCAUCGCCAACGCCUUCCGGCGCAUCAUGAUCGCCGACAUCCCGACCCUCGCCAUCGAGACCGUCUUCGUCAACAACAACACGUCGGUCAUACAGGACGAAGUGCUCGCCCACCGCCUCGGCCUGAUCCCCUUCAAGGGCGGCCACAAGGGGCUGCACAAGUUCCUCAAGUUUUGGCGCCGGCCGGACGACGAGUCCCAGGUCAACAACAGCUACUACGACUACAACACCGUCUCGCUGCGCCUCGAGGUCAAGUGCGAGCACAACGAGAACGCCGCGCCCGGCGAGACGGACCCGACCAAGCUGUACAAGCACGCGCACGUCUACGCGCGCGACAUCGAGUUCUGCCCCGUCGGGCGGCAGACCAAGUACUUCUCGGGCGACGACGCCAUCGCGCCCGUCAACCCGGACAUCCUGAUUGCCAAGCUGCGCCCGGGCCAGGAGAUCAGCCUGACGAUGCACAUGCACAAGGGCGUCGGCUCCGACCACGCAAAGUUCUCCCCCGUCGCCACCGCCUCGUACCGCCUGAUGCCCGUCAUCAAGAUCGAGCGGCCCAUCCUGGGCGCCGACGCCGAGAAGUUUGCCCGCUGCUUCCCCCGCGGCGUGAUCGCGCUCGAGAAGGUGACCAAGGAGGAGGCGGCGCAGAAGGGGAGCGGCUACGAGGGCCACGAGGGGGAGCUCAAGGCGGUCGUGGCCGACCCGAUGAGGGACACGGUCAGCAGGGAGUGCCUACGGCACGACGAGUUCAAGGGCAAGGUCAAGCUCGGCCGGAGGAGGGACCACUUCAUCUACCUGGUCGAGAGCACCGGGCAGUGGAAGAGCGAUUUCAUCUUCCUGGAGGCCGUGGCCCAUCUGAAGAAGCGGGCCCGCGACCUCGAGAAGCAGGUCAUCAACAUGGUCAGAUAAGAGAAAGAAGCACCGGAUGUUGGUGACGGAAUUGGUAUUCUUCGUGGGUAUAUAUCAUUGUGUGAACCCCACUUUUCUUUGUGCAUCUUCCAAAGAAACAUGGGUAACGGCGUCAGGGUGGAUCGGAAAAAUAAAGGGGGAGGUCGGGGGUUUCAGUUAAUUUUCUUUGGCCGCCGCUGUUCCUUUGGGUUUGUCUUUUGUGUAGACAGGUCAUGAUGGACAAAUAGAGAAGGAUACCACCAUCCAGCUUGACACCAGCGCCGCAC